AUAACGCGUGCGAUUAACGAUAGGCCAGCGUAUCAAUCAUAACGCGCGCGUCCGGACAGUAACACACGGGCCGCCUGCCCCGGGGAGUCGUCACAUUUCGUCCCUUCGUAACAAUUUUGUCAAUCUUAUUUACUUCUAUAGUUAAUUUCCUUUUCUCUUUUGUGUGGUUUUUGUUAUAUUUUUAUUUUUAAUGUGAUAUAAUGGUUAUAUAUUCAACGAGUCAGUGAUUACAAUAUCGUAUCAUACAGAUCGAUCGACGUGAAGAUCCUGAUAGCGUCAAUUCAAACGCGAUUUUACAUUGUGUAUUGUAAUUAAAUUUAUUCUGAGUGACUUUACAAGCAUUAAUAAUUAAGAAAAAUAGUACCAGCAAUUUACUAAAAUAAUUUUGAUUUUGAGAUACACAAAUUCUCAUCCACAACAUACCAUGGAACUGUUUAAUUUGAUGGUAUUUCAAUACGUGCUAUUUACGGCAUUCAUAGUAAUCAAUAACUUUUUCGUUAGUCCAGGGUGUGCUUUCAAUUUAAAUGAUCACAGUGAUGCUGUAUUGUCAGCAGAUUCAUCAUUUCCAAAAGUAAAUCGAGUACAAGAAGAGAGUUUACUGGAUCCUGUCUCCAACGCUGACAAAGAUGAACCCCAAAGGUCAGUCAGAAAAAGUGCCGCGUUGUAUAAAGUUGACAUGACGACGACGACUCAGCCUAGCAAUAUUGUUACGUCACUUUUUCGACUAAAUGAAGAAGAAGGAAGUACAUGUAUAUUAUUGAGAGUAGAUGCUGUCAUAGAAGUAAAAUUCAAAACAAAAUUAGGAUCCGAAGAUCAAACUGAUUUGUAUGUUCCUGAUGAUGCUGAAGUUAGCGGAGACUGUAGUAACGAGGAUGAAGCUACACUAAUACUCAAGUGGAAAAACUUUAUUUUUACAUGGUACUUUACAAAAACGCUUGGGGGCGAAAGAUGGUUCGUAAAGGCGAUAGAAUUGGAGAUCAACACAGCCGACAAACAUUUUCAACACAUCACAACACGAGAUAAGAUUGUACGCCUAUCAACGACUAGCAGUUACAGCAAUUUAUUGUUUAUGACACCAGUCGGCCAAUCUUAUUCGUGUCAAAAAGAAAUAAGUGUAGUGUUAAGUGAUCAAGACGUUCCUACAAUAAAAGGUUACGUUUUGCUGAGAGCGUUCACCGUACAGCCAUUCAUAUUCAAAAAUGACGAAUUCGGUCCAGCUUACCCAUGUUCAUCAAUUGGAGCCGGAUCAAUGCGAAAUGAGACAGUACCCUUUAUAUUCGGCAUUACUUUGGCUGCCGUUGCCUUGCUCACGGUCGGCGGAUACGCUGUGUUUAGACAUUUUAGAAUCAAGAAAGUCCAAUACGACACUAUGGAAUGAAUUUCAUGAUAUGGACUACUGCAAACAGGAAAACUGAAUGUAUAAUUUUUGGAUAUUUACUGACCUACUUAGGUGUAAUAUUUCUAUAUUAAUAUUAUUUAAGUUGAUAUAUCUACAAGUAUUAGUUUUUUUAAUGUUAUUAAUGUACUUUAAAUCUAUGACACGAAAUAUUCUAUUCACACAUAACGUUACCUUAAAUUACUUUUAGUAUUUUACUUACUUUUUUUUCUAAUGUUUGUCAUGUGUUUUUUGUUUUGAAGUCAGUUUUUUAAUCAUAAAAAAACCAUUCUUACUAGUUACUUAAUUCUUACAUAGUUUUUCUUUAUUAAUGUAAAUUUAAAUCUAAUUUAGUUGGGGUCAUAUAAUCUGUUAUGUAUACCUUUAAUUUAUAGUAUUUCUCUAAUUUAAGUCCAAUUAUUACCCUAAUAAUUAUAUAAUCGACAAUGGAUCUAACAAUCUACAGCCAAAACUAAUAUUUAUAAAAAGUAAAAAAUAACUACCGAUAUAUAGUUACUUUUAAUUACU